AUGCUACGGAAAGUCGGCAUCGUGACGAAACCAGUUGUGGAAGAGGACGACGUAGCGGCUCCGAUGGCCGCGACAUUAGACGGUGCCUGGUUCGCGGUAACUUGCUCGUACGUGGGCAAAGCUAAUGUCAUCGCCAUUUUCGAGGGCAGGAAAAUCGGCAAUAGGAAACCGUUUCACUCAAAUUAG